AUCGAACACCGCUCGGGGGAAAAAGAAGCCUCUCAUGGAGACGCCUGCAAUUCCAAAUGAGCUAAAAUGUCAUUUUUGGAAGGAGAUUAUUGUCCGUUAUGUGCUUUCGAUGACCGCCGGUGACGUUUUGAAGGCGCGAUGAUGGCGGUUUGUAGGCGGGGCCACAGCUGCGCGGUGCUGGUGCUGAUGCUGAGCACAUCUGCGUUGCUCCUGUCAAACGACCCCCCCAAAAAUCCACAUUUGCAUGCUUUUCGCUCUCGUCGUCCUACAUCACCGGAUGGGAAGCCACUCGAGUUAAAACAUGUGCGCCAACGUGUUCGGGGUGUUGAAGAGCCUCUUCGGGAAGCCCUUUGAUGGUGGCAAGCGGAUGGAGCACCGAGGGCCGCCGCAGCAGCAGCAGCAGACGAUGGCCACAGAGCAGCCGCCCCAGUGCCCGCCGUCCCAGCACCCCGCUAUGAUGCGGCUCUACGAAGUCCACCGCCAGGUGACGGCGCUUGGGCCCCAGGUGUGCACCUUCAGUGGCCUGCCCGACGACCGCGACUACAAGCGUCUGGAGCGCGAGCUGACGCGCCUCCUGCUGGAGGUGGACCGUGUAGACACGGAGGGCAAAGCAGAGCUGCAGGCGGCGCGCAAGCGGGCGGCACAGGAGGUGGAGGGCCUGCUGCGCUACCUGGAGGAGAAUGCCCGGCACCCGUCGCGCCAGGCCAUGGAGGAGCUGAGCGAGGAGGCGCGGCGGCUGGUGGAGUGCCGGGUGGUGGCGCCGCAGCGCGAGGGUGGUGCCGCCCACAUUGAUGACGAGCUGACCGAGGCCCUGCAGCAGCUGGUGCUGCGCCUCACCCAGGUCAAGACGGAGGGCCGGGUGCCGCUACGCAAGGCGCGCUACCGGGCGCUGACCCGGCUCUGCGCCGUCCAGGACGUCCUGGACGGCCGCACGCCGCAGCAGAUGCUCUCGCUGCCGCUUUCGGGAGAAACGCAUGCCGCCGUGCACACCAUCAACCAGGUGAUGGCCAAGGUGAGCGUGGCGCGCAGCCAGCUGGUGGCGCUGCUGAUGGGCCUGAGCGGACGAGACAGCUGUGCUCAUCUGUCGCGGCUCCUGAUGGAGAUGCAGGUGGAGCUGGACGCCCUGGACGUGUCAGGCAAUGCCGCCGUCAGGAACUACCGCAAGCAGGUGGUGGAGGAGAUCAAUGGCCUCCUCAAACACCUGGACCUGGAAGGGGAGGGCGAGGACACGCGCAGGUACGACCUGGCCCAGAACGAGUCCAUCCGCGAGAUCGAGGCGGUGCGCGCCCAUGUGCAGCACCUGCGCGAGGGCGUGCUGCGCCACUGCACCGCGGGCGAGCCGGGCUUCUGGCCCAAAGCUGAGCUGCAGGGCCUGCUGAGCCACCUGGACCAAGUGGAGACGGCCAAGAACCCGUGCAUCCGCGAGGCGCGGCGCCGCGCUGUGGUGGAGGUGCAAGCCGUGGUCACCUUCCUGGACCUGCGCGAGGCGCUGGCGUGCCGCCGCCCCAGCCCCGAGGAGCACCCGGCCCACAGGGCCGUCUGGGCAGCGCUGGCCAGCCUAUCGGAGCUGCAGGCCCAGGCACUGGGCUUCGACGGCAAGCGGGCCGACAAGAGCUACGUGGUGCUGGAGGAGCUGCUGACCAAGCAGCUGCUGGCACUGGAUGCCGUUGACCCACGCGGUGACGACGGCGCCAAGGUAGCCCGCAAGCAGGCCGUCAAGUUUGCGCAGAACAUUCUCAACUAUCUGGACAUGAAGACGGAUGAAUGGGAGUAUUGAGCGCCACCGCUUUCCUGCUACCUUGCCCACCUGCCCAUCACAAAACACGCUUCCUGCUUUUUUGUAUACGCGGUGUGUAAACGUUUGGGCGUGUGGGCCGGCGUGUGUGCAAAAGUGUUGACAUGUUUGUGUGCAAAUUAAUGUCUUGGUUGUGUAUACAUGUGUUUGUGGCUUUGGACGGUGUGCAAGAAAAUGAAUGUGUGUGUGUGUGUGUGUGUGUGUGUGUGUGUGUGUGUGUGUGUGUGUGUGUGUGUGUGUG